AUGGAAAUUUUGUGGAAGACGUUUACCUGGAUUUUGAGCCUCGUCAUGGCUUCAUCGGAAUUUCAUAGUGACUACAGGCUUUCAUACAGUUCUCAAGAGGAAUUCCUGACUUAUCUAGAACACUACCAGCUAACUAUUCCAAUAAGAGUUGAUCAAAAUGGAGCUUUUCUCAGCUUUACUGUGAAAAAUGAUAAACACUCCAGGAGAAGACGGAGUAUGGACCCUAUCGAUCCACAGCAGGCAGUAUCUAAGUUAUUUUUUAAACUUUCAGCCUAUGGCAAGCACUUUCACCUAAACUUGACUCUCAACACAGAUUUUGUGUCCAAACAUUUUACAGUAGAAUAUUGGGGAAAAGAUGGACCCCAGUGGAAGCAUGAUUUUUUAGACAACUGUCAUUACACAGGAUACUUGCAAGAUCAACGUAGUACAACUAAAGUGGCUUUAAGCAAUUGUGUUGGGUUGCAUGGUGUUAUUGCUACAGAAGAUGAAGAAUAUUUUAUUGAACCAUUAAAGAAUACCACAGAGGAUUCCAAACAUUUUAGUUAUGAAAAUGGCCAUCCUCAUGUCAUUUACAAAAAGUCUACCCUUCAGCAAAGGCAUCUAUAUGAUCACUCUCAUUGUGGGGUCUCGGACCUCCUAAGAAGUGGCAAACCUUGGUGGCUGAAUGACACAUCUGCUUUUCCUUCUUCACUACCAAUUAAUGGCACACAUAUCCGCCAGAGACAGAAGAGAUCAGUAAGCAUUGAGCGGUUUGUGGAGACACUAGUAGUGGCAGACAAAAUGAUGGUGGGCUACCAUGGCCGCAAAGACAUUGAACAUUACAUUUUGAGUGUGAUGAAUAUUGUUGCCAAACUUUACCGUGAUUCCAGCCUAGGAAACGUUGUGAAUAUUAUAGUGGCCCGUUUAAUUGUUCUCACAGAAGAUCAGCCAAACUUGGAGAUAAACCACCAUGCAGACAAGUCCCUCGAUAGCUUCUGUAAAUGGCAGAAAUCCAUUCUCUCCCACCAAAGUGAUGGAAACACCAUUCCAGAAAAUGGGAUUGCCCACCACGAUAAUGCAGUUCUUAUUACUAGAUAUGAUAUCUGCACUUAUAAAAAUAAGCCCUGUGGAACACUGGGCUUGGCCUCUGUGGCUGGAAUGUGUGAGCCUGAAAGGAGCUGCAGCAUUAAUGAAGACAUUGGCCUGGGUUCAGCUUUUACCAUUGCACAUGAGAUUGGUCACAAUUUUGGUAUGAACCAUGAUGGAAUUGGAAAUUCUUGUGGGACAAAAGGUCAUGAAGCAGCAAAACUUAUGGCAGCUCACAUUACUGCAAAUACCAAUCCCUUUUCCUGGUCUGCCUGCAGCCGAGAUUAUAUCACCAGCUUUCUAGAUUCAGGCCGUGGUACUUGCCUUGAUAAUGAGCCUCCCAAGCGUGACUUUCUUUAUCCAGCUGUGGCCCCAGGUCAGGUGUAUGAUGCCGAUGAACAAUGCCGUUUCCAGUAUGGAGCAACAUCUCGCCAAUGUAAAUAUGGGGAAGUGUGUAGAGAGCUCUGGUGUCUCAGCAAAAGCAACCGCUGUGUCACCAACAGUAUUCCCGCAGCUGAGGGAACACUCUGUCAAACUGGGAAUAUUGAAAAGGGGUGGUGUUAUCAGGGAGAUUGUGUUCCUUUUGGCACUUGGCCCCAGAGCAUAGAUGGGGGCUGGGGUCCCUGGUCACUAUGGGGAGAGUGCAGCAGGACCUGCGGGGGAGGCGUCUCCUCAUCCCUAAGACACUGUGACAGUCCAGCACCUUCAGGAGGUGGAAAAUAUUGCCUUGGGGAAAGGAAACGGUAUCGCUCCUGCAACACAGAUCCAUGUCCUUUGGGGGCCCGAGAUUUUCGAGAGAAACAGUGUGCAGACUUUGACAAUAUGCCUUUCCGUGGAAAGUAUUAUAAUUGGAAACCCUAUACUGGAGGUGGGGUAAAACCUUGUGCAUUGAACUGCUUGGCUGAAGGUUACAAUUUCUACACUGAACGUUCCCCUGCGGUGAUUGAUGGGACUCAGUGCAAUGCGGAUUCACUGGAUAUCUGUAUCAACGGAGAAUGCAAGCAUGUAGGUUGUGAUAAUAUUUUGGGAUCCGAUGCUAGGGAAGAUAGAUGUCGAGUCUGUGGAGGGGAUGGAAGCACAUGUGAUGCCAUUGAAGGGUUCUUCAAUGAUUCGUUGCCCAGAGGAGGCUACAUGGAAGUAGUGCAGAUACCAAGAGGCUCUGUUCACAUUGAAGUCAAAGAAGUUGCCAUGUCAAAGAACUAUAUUGCUUUAAAAUCUGAAGGGGAUGAUUACUAUAUUAAUGGUGCCUGGACUAUUGACUGGCCAAGGAAAUUUGAUGUUGCUGGGACAGCUUUUCACUAUAAGAGACCAACUGAUGAACCAGAAUCCUUAGAAGCUUUAGGUCCCACCUCGGAAAAUCUCAUUGUCAUGGUUCUGCUUCAGGAACAGAAUUUGGGAAUUAGGUAUAAAUUCAAUGUUCCCAUCACCCGGACGGGCAGUGGAGACAAUGAAGUUGGCUUUACGUGGAAUCAUCAGCCUUGGUCAGAAUGCUCAGCUACUUGUGCUGGAGGUGUCCAAAGACAGGAGGUGGUCUGUAAAAGGUUGGAUGACAACUCCAUUGUCCAGAACAAUUACUGUGACCCUGAUAGUAAGCCACCUGAAAAUCAAAGAACCUGCAACACUGAGCCCUGCCCACCUGAGUGGUUCAUUGGGGACUGGUUGGAAUGUAGCAAGACUUGUGAUGGUGGGAUGCGCACAAGGGCAGUACUCUGCAUCAGGAAGAUUGGACCUUCUGAGGAGGAGACACUGGACUACAGUGGUUGUUUAACACACCGGCCUAUUGAAAAAGAGCCCUGCAACAACCAGUCGUGUCCCCCUCAGUGGGUGGCUUUGGACUGGUCAGAAUGCACUCCCAAAUGUGGUCCAGGAUUCAAGCAUCGUAUUGUUCUGUGCAAGAGCAGUGACCUUUCUAAAACAUUCCCAGCAACACAGUGUUCUGAGGAGAGCAAACCCCCUGUCCGCAUCCGCUGCAGUUUGGGCCGCUGCCCUCCUCCUCGCUGGGUGGCAGGAGACUGGGGCCAGUGUUCUGCUCAGUGUGGCCUUGGACAGCAAAUGCGGACUGUGCAGUGUCUUUCCUACACUGGACAGGCAUCAAGUGACUGUCCAGAAACUAGUCGACCUCCAUCAAUGCAGCAGUGUGAAAGCAAAUGUGACAGUACGCCCAUUUCCAGUACUGAAGAGUGCAAAGAUGUGAACAAAGUGGCUUAUUGCCCACUGGUGCUGAAGUUCAAGUUCUGUAGUCGAGCAUACUUCAGACAGAUGUGUUGUAAGACCUGCCAAGGACACUGA